CAAAUUGUUUCAGCAGAUUGUUGGUUGUGUUGAACCGUGAGUAGGGCCUUUAAGAAACUUAAUUGGUUUUAACUGUGAAGGCCAAUUUUUACUAUUACAAUGUUCUCAUAUUUGCCUUUAUUUUUAAAAGGUGAAGUUGUGAAAGGUUUCGGGAGAGGAUCAAAAGAUUUAGGGUGCCCUACAGCUAAUUAUGCCCGUGAAGUGACACAAUCUUUACCUGAUAAUUUAAAACCUGGUGUGUACUAUGGAUGGGCCCAGGUGGACCAUCAGGAUGUCCACAAAAUGGUAGUCAAUAUUGGCUGGUGUCCAUUUUACCAGAACAAAGAAAUGUCGGUUGAAACACAUAUUAUUCAUCAAUUUGAAAAUGAUUUCUAUGGAUCCUUGUUAAAAAUUUGCAUAGCAGGAUAUUUGAGACCUGAAAUGAAUUUCAAGUCACUAGAUGAAUUAAUAACGGCCAUCAAACAAGACAUAGACAAUGCUAGUAAUAAAUUGGAUUUACCGGAUUCAAUUUCAUUGAAAGCUCAUAAUUUUUUCACAUGUGAUUAAUUUAUUAGGUAUAUGAUAUUCACAAAGACAAAUUAAUGCGAAUUAUUACUUGUAAGUAAAUAAAUAUUGUUAAAAAUUAGAUAAAAUGUAAUUGAUAUUGUAUAUUACCUAAUAAAUAGUUAAAUGGUGCAAUAUUGCAAUGAAUUCCAUAUUGUUAUUAUAUUUUUAUAAAACUAAUAUUAUAUUGAUGAAUAAAGAGUUAACAUUGUUAUAAAAAUUA